UACGGAAGUCUCAGCUGGAUAUUCUGCUAUGAUGAUAACUGCUUAAUACACCUUUCGAGUAAGGAAGGUUCAGAAUGGUUUCCUCAGAAACCUAGGCGCCACAGGCAGAUAGCGAUAGCAGGGCGAGGGUAUACGCUCAGCACAACUAUGAGCAGCAACAACUCGGAUUGCUCCGAUGUUACUGAACGAAGCAUCCAGGCGCUGGAGGAAGGGCUUAACAACGGUGCUCUUCGCCAUUCCCCAUCACCUGUACCAGAUAUCAUAGCUAGGGAUAUGAACAAGGGAUGGUACUCUCUUGGCUACUGGUAUAAAUAUCUAAGCAAUAUAGAGAAUGCUUCUCAGGCAACAGAAAGAUUAAGCUAG